AAGAGAUAUAAGAUACUCCGGUUCACAGGUUCAAACCGGGCACUCCGCUUGGCAUUUCUCUUGCUUGAUGACCACACCACCCUUGCUCAUCUUCCGCUAAUAGUCGAUCAUGUUGACACUCGCCUUUGUUACUUUGCUGUACCUUUGUCUUGCUGGCGUCGGAGUGUAUCUGAUGAAACAUGUAUUCGCCAAGAUGAAUCAUGCACCAUAUCCCCCUGGUCCUCGGGGCCUGCCUCUCGUUGGGAACAUUCAAGACAUACCUCAUGUCAAGCCCUGGCUCACCUUCGCUGAAUGGGGCAAGAAGUAUGGUGAUAUUUCGCAUAUCAAUGUUCUGGGUCUACACAUUUUCGUGUUGAACUCCGUCAAAACUGCGGUGGCAAUGCUAGACAAGAAGAGCUCUAUAUACUCUGACCGUCCGGUUGUUCCUAUGAGUGGCGAACUUAUGGGCUACGCACAAACUCUGGCUUAUCUCCGUUACGGUGAACGCUUUCGCUUGUUUCGCAAGAAUUGCCACCGCAUCUUUGGCAGUCGCUCUGCUUUGGUUGUCUACCACCCCAUCGAGGAGAUGGAGACCCGCCGAUUCCUGAAGUGUGUGCUCGCGAAACCGGACCGACUGCAAGCACACAUUCGACACACCGCUGGCGCUAUCAUUCUGCGCAUCUGUUAUGGUUAUGAAGUUAAGGAGGAUAAUGAUCCUCUUGUUGACGUUGCAGAACGCGCUUUAGAUCAAUUCUCGCGGUACGGCAUCACUGGUGAUUUUAUGGUUGACUUCCUGCCGUCCUUGGCCAUGCUCCCGGAGUGGUUCCCUGGUGCUGGCUUCAAACGCCUAGCCCGUGAGUGCCGUGAGACCGUCGAAGAGAUGGCCGCUGCACCCUACAAGUUUGUCAAAGAUCAGAUGGCUGCUGGCACUGCCCUCAAGUCUUUUUCCUCAGAUCUGUUAAAGGGCCGUACUGUGACUGCGGAAGAGGAUCAUGUUGUGAAGUGGUCUGCUGCAUCCCUAUUCAGCGGUGGUGCCGACACGACUGUUUCUGCGAUCUACUCAUUUUUCCUAGCUAUGACACUUUUCCCUGAUGUACAGAAGAAGGCUCAAGCUGAAAUUGAUGCUGUUGUUGGCCCUGAUCGUCUUCCCUCCUUCACUGAUCGCCCCUCCCUUCCUUACAUCGAGGCGCUUGCCAAGGAGGUCCUCCGCUGGAAUGUUGUCAUACCUAGUAUCGAUCACUGCACCACUGAGGACGACAUCCACGAUGGGUAUUACAUUCCAAAAGGCUCAUUGAUAAUCCCUAACAUAUGGUUCAUGCUCAAUGAUCCAGAGACAUAUGCCAACCCCUCAGAAUUCAAUCCUGAGCGCUUUUUAGCCAAGGAUGGAAAAGAGCCUGAGACCGAUCCUCGCACGGUGUGCUUUGGUUUUGGUAGACGUCUUUGUACAGGUCUGCAUCUCGCUGAUGCAUCCAUCUGGAUAUCCACCGUGAUGUCACUUGCGGUGUUUGAUGUUUCCAAGGUUGUCGAGAAUGGUGUUGAAAUAACCCCUGAAAUUGACCCCUCAUCUGGGUUGAUCAGUCACCCCAAGCCCUUUAAAUGCUCGAUCGAAGCCCGCUCUGACAAAGCCCUGGCGCUCAUUCAACAAGACACUUCCUAAGUAUUGCUAACUAGCAGUCAUCUCACCCUGUUAAAGAUAAUGUGAGGUCACAUUGAAUAUACCAGGAGACAAAAAGGUUUAUGCAGUUGUGCAAUCUCGCAGUCAAUAUUUAGGUACUUGUGUGCAGGAUACUUGAUAUUAAGAUCGAGUAGUAGAUGUACUACACGUGGAGCAACAAUGUGAAUUG